UUUGGUGCUCGGCGGCUUGAAUCGAUGGGAGCUGCAUAAAUCUAUAUUUUCUAUUUUUCUAUCAUUCUUCGAUGAUAGCGCGUCGAUUAUUUCAUUUCCCUUGUAGCACUGGAUAAAAAUGAAGGAGUUGGUGGAAGAGAUGCCUGAUGAGGGAUAUGGAUGCACCGUGGCUAAUCGUUUUGGUCAGCUUCUGGGCGACGAGUCCGACCCUUUCGACAUCCUAUAUGCUGCGGGGACUGAAAAAAAGCAGAAGAAGAAGAAAGAGGAGCCAAAGAAAACUUCAACCACGACUAAAUCUGGAAAGAAAGAGUCUCAGAGGGACAGGAAAACCAUCCUUCCCGCAGGUGGGGGUGGACAAGUUCGUCCUGGUCGUGAAGACGUUGAGGAGCGAAUACAAAAACGCGUAACUUUUGACCGCAAAUUCAACGAUGCCGAAAAAACCCCCCUCAGUUUCUCUGUUGAAAGGCCCGUGGAUGUGCUGGACAGGCCUGCCAGGGGAAGAGGUACUGGAAGAGGAAGAGGAGCCCGAGGCCCAGGAUUUCCAAGAUCCAAUGAUGGAUUUGAUCAGAGAGGAAAGCGAGAGUUUGAAAGACACAGUGGCAGUGACCGAUCUAGGAGUGUCCGAUCUGAGGAGAAGCGCAGUGGCAGCGGAUCUCGCAACUGGGGUUCCAUGAGAGACCAUAUGAGUGUAAUUGAAGUAGCUUUACCUAGUGAAGAGGUCACUGAAAAUGAAGAGACCCAGGAGGCAGUUGAGACUGAUGGAGAAAACAGACCAUCUGAGACUGAGGAAGUGAUUGAGGUUGCCAUAGAGAUGACACUAGAUGAGUGGAAAGCGCUGCAAGAGCAAAGCAGGCCCAAAGUAGAGCUGAAUAUCCGUAAAACUGAGUCAUCUGUGCCAUCCAAGGCUGUGGUGAUCCACAAGUCCAAAUUUCUUCAGAAACAAGAUGGCAUGGAUGAGGAUGUGGUUUUCCGCCGCCCAGCCAAUGACAUCACCUGUCAACUGGAGUUCAACUUUGGCAGUCUGGAUCGGUCCACUCGUGGUGGAAGAGGUGGACGAGGUGGUCGUGGCCGUGGGGCUCCAUUUAUGCCGACCCUACGAUCUCCACAAAAAUUCGAUUCUGCUCCAAACCCAGAUGAUCCGGAAGAUUUCCCUGCACUGGCUUAAUGCCCUUUUGGAGGAAGUGUGUGAUGAUCAAACAUAUGUUGGUAACACUGAAAUGGGCAAUAUGCACUUGAAAUUAUUAAAAAAAUCAAUGCACAAAUUUGGUUCUUUGCAUUUUC